AUGUUCAUUGCUAUACCAUCAUUUGCUCUCUUAUACUCAAUGGACGAGGUAGUAGUAGAUCCAGCCAUUACUAUCAAAGCUAUUGGACAUCAAUGGUAUUGGACUUAUGAGUAUUCUGACUAUAACAGUUCCGAUGAGCAGUCACUCACUUUUGACAGUUAUAUGAUUCCAGAAGAAGAUCUAGAAUUGGGUCAAUCACGUUUAUUAGAAGUGGACAAUAGAGUGGUUGUACCAGCCAAAACUCAUCUACGUAUUAUUGUAACAUCUGCUGAUGUACCUCAUAGUUGGGCUGUACCUUCCUCAGGUGUCAAAUGUGAUGCUGUACCUGGUCGUUUAAAUCAAAUCUCUAUUUUGGUACAACGAGAAGGAGUUUACUAUGGUCAGUGCAGUGAGAUUUGUGGAACUAAUCAUGCCUUUACGCGUGCGCCCGGAAACAUAGGCCGACUGUUGAGCCCACUCUGGCUCAGCCGCACCACCCGGGGGUGCGAGCCACCCGAGAAGCAAGCUAUUACAGCGAGCGGCUGGAGCUGUAGGGAGCCGAGGAGCAAGGCAGUAGAUAAGAUAGAAGAAGGGGCCAGGCACCCGGUGGAGCAGAGGGGACGCUUGCUGCUCGCUUUCUCGCUUCCGAGAGGUGCUUUAGCAACUCGACUGAAAGGAGAGGGCCGAAGGCGCCUGACUUACGGUUUCAAAGCCUGGCGCGAAGCGAAGGGAUUGGAUUUCACCUAUGAUCAGAUUAGUGGGCAACCAUUGUUGACUUUUUUCGUGGUGUUGUUGACGUUGUUGAAAGCUAAUUUCGAAGUAGGCCUUGCUUUUCUCCGCUGGGAGCAGCUCACACUAUGGUGGAGGAGGUGCCGUGAAGAUCUAGGAGUGUGA